AAUAUCACUAGAAGUUGGGAGAAAAUGGGGUCUCUAAUGGCCUCCUUUUCUACUCUCACUCUUGUAUUGGCAAUAGUCUCUCUUAGCUUGCCAUCUCAAACCUCAGCAGACAAAUAUGACUAUUCAUCUCCACCACCAGAGAAGCCUUACUAUUACCACUCUCCACCACUCCCACCCACUAAGAAACCUUACUAUUACCACUCUCCACCACCCCCACAUAAGAAGCCCUACAAGUACCCUUCACCUCCACCACCAGUCUACAAAUACAAGUCCCCACCACCACCAGUUUACAAAUACAAGUCUCCACCACCACCCCAUAAGAAACCCUACAAAUACCCAUCACCACCACCACCAGUUUACAAGUACAAGUCACCACCCCCACCCUACAAGUACCCUUCUCCUCCACCACCCCAUAAGAAGCCUUAUAAAUACCCAUCUCCACCACCCCCAGUUUACAAAUACAAGUCACCCCCACCUCCAUACAAGUACCCUUCUCCUCCACCACCACCUAAGAAACCAUACAAGUAUCCAUCUCCCCCUCCACCUCACUAUGUCUAUGCAUCACCACCUCCCCCUCAUCACUACUAGAUAGUGACUUAGUAUAUGGAUCUGAAGAACUUGUGCAAAUAAAGGAGAUGGAUGGAUGGAAGAACCACUAUAUAUAGUUUAUAAAGUGAAGAGUGGAAUAAUGCCUUUUGUGAAAGUAGUGUUAAUUUGGUUUCACUUCAUUGUUUUAUUUUGUUAAAUACUACAUGUUCUAAGGCACUGUUUAGAUGUGAUUUGGUUAAGGGCUUACAUUGGUUAUUACAUUGUACUCGUAUUUAUAUGUAGUCCUGCUUGCAUUGUGGUUUUCUGACUGCUGCUAUGCAGAGGCUUGGUUUACGCCACUUAUAUAAUAAAUAAAUACCUGAUUUUUUCACUUUGAA